CAAAGCCCAUAUUUGAAGUUACUAUAAUCCCCGAUGGGGAGAAAUGUAUGGUGGAAAAACAAUUGGAACAAUUUCCUUGUUUGACUGCUAGGUUUUAUGGGCAUUAUGACUCGUACUGUGAUGAUAAUUUUGUGCAAUUAAGGUAUGUCGAAGUAAACAGACUUAGGGUUUUGUCUAAGGCAGAAUUGUGUUUCCACCAGCCUAGUAUUUUAUUGACUCUGUAGUAUCUACAGUUGAAGUCAGAAGUUUACAUACACCUUAGCCAAAUACAUUUAAACUCAGUUUUUCACAAUUCCUGACAUUUAAUCCUAGUAAAAAGUCCCUGUCAUAGGUCAGUUAUGAUCACCACUUUAUUUUAAGAAUGUGAAACGUCAGAAUAAUAGUAGAGAGAAUUAUUUAUUUCAGCUUUCAUUUCUUUCAUCACAUUCCCAGUGGGUCAGAAGUUUAUAUACACUCAGUUAGUAUUUGGUAGCAUUGCCUUUACAUUGUUUAACUUGGGUCAAACGUUUCGGGUAGCCUUCCACAAGCUUCCCACAAUAAGUUGGGUGAAUUUUGGCCCAUUCCUCCUGACAGAGCUGGUGUAACUGAGUCAGGUUUGUUGGCCUCCUUGCUCGCACACACUUUUUCAGUUCUGCCCACAAAUUGUCUAUGGGAUUGAGGUCAGGGCUUUGUGAUGGCCACUCCAAUACCUUGACUUUGUUGUCCUUAAGCCAUUUUGCCACAACUUUGUAAGUAUGCUUGGGGUCAUUGUUCAUUUUUUUUCACCUUUAUUUAACCAGGUAGGCAAGUUGAGAAUAAGUUCUCAUUUACAAUUGCGACCUGGAAAAGAUAAAGCAAAGCAGUUCGACACAUACAACAACACAGAGUGUACACAUGGAGUAAAACAAACAUACAGUCAAUAAUACAGUUGAAAAAUAAGUCUAUAUACAAAUGAGGUGAGAUAAUUGAGGUAAAGGCAAAAAAAGGCCAUGGUGGCAAAGUAAAUACAAUAUAGCAAGUAAAACACUGGAAUGGUAGAUUUGCAGUGGAAGAAUGUGCAAAGUACAGAUAGAAAUAAUGGGGUGCAAAGGAGCUAAAUAAAUACAGUAGAGGGAGGUAUAGUUGUUUGGGCUAAAUUAUAGAUGGGCAAUGUACAGGUGCAGUAAUCUGUGAGCUGCUCUGACAGCUGGUGCUUAACCUCUCUUGGGUACGUGAGACGUUAGUGUCCCACGUCUUCAACAGCCAGUGAAACUGCUGGGCGCCAAGUACAGAAAUACUCAUAAAAAUUCAGAAAACAAAACAUAUUUUACUUAGGUUUAAAGAUGAACUUCUUGUGAAUCCAACCACGGUGUCAGAUUUAAAAAAUGCUUUACCUCAAAAGCAUACCUUACGAUUAUUUGAGAACAUAGCCCAGCAGACAAAUCAUUACAAACAGUAACCAGCCAAGUAGAAGAGUUACACAAGUAGAAAUAGAGAUAAAAUUAAUCCCUUACAUUUGAUGAUCUUCAUAUGGUUGCACUCAGCAGACAUUCAUUUACUCAAUCAAUGUUCCUUUUGUUCGAUAAAGUCUCUUUAUAUCUAAAAACCCCAGUUUUGUUAGCGCGUUUUCUUCAGUAAUCCACAGGCUCAAACGCAGUCAAAACAGGCAGACAAAAAAAAUACAAAUUGUAUCCGUAAAGUUCAUAGAAACAUGAUGUUUAUAUUCAAAAGGCAAAAUCCUUUCCGCAGUCUUGGCAUUUGAAUGGCUUGACCCCUGAGUGUAUCAUCAUGUGUUUGCAAUUCAAUCCUCAGGUUGUUUUUAGCCUAAAUAAUCGAUACUAUUUCAACCGGACAAUAACGUCAUCAAUAUAAAAUGUAAACAAGAAAGGCACUCUCUCGGUCGAGCGCAUGAAAAAGCUCUGUGACACUUUAGGGUCCACUCAUUCAGACUGCCCUUACUUCCUCAUUUUUCAGAAUACAAGCCUGAAACAAUUUCUAACGACUGUUGAUAUCUAGUGGAAGGCAUAGGAACUGCAAUUUGAGUCCUAAGUCAACGGAUACUGUAAUGGCAUUGAAUAGAAAACUACAAAACCAAAAAAAGAACUACUUCCCGAAUUGAUUUUUCUCUGUUUUUUUUCCUACCAAAUCAGUUCUGUUAUACUCACAGACACUAUUUUAACAGUUUUGGAAACUUUAGAGUGUUUUCUAUCCAAAUCUACCAGUUAUAUGCAUACCAUAUCUUCUGGGCCCGAGAAGCAGGCAGUUUAAUUUGGGCAUGCUACCCUAGAGAAGUUAAAGCUAGUGAGGGAGAUAAGUGUUUCCAGUUUCAGAGAUUUUUGUAGUUCGUUCCAGUCAUUGGCAGCAGAGAACUGGAAGGAGAGGCGGCCAAAGGAAGAAUUGGUUUUGAGGGUGACCAGAGAUAUACCUGCUGGAGCGCGUGCUACAGAAUGCAAAUGAAGAGGAAGGUGUAGACAAUAACCAAUCGACAAGAUUAAGAUCAAACCUGGGAAAAAGCAACGCAAUAAAACCAAGAUGACUAGAAGUCAUCGUGACCACAUCAAAACGGAUUGUGAAACACAGUCAGAUGAUGUUGACUCCAGUAGAGAAGAUUCAGACAUUGGCCAAGCCCACUCUCUCAGCAGUAAUGGGUUUACUUUCAACAUCAUCCAAAUCAAAGAGGAGGAAACAGACUUUGAAGUGCAUGAAACAAGUGAGGAACAUAACGGAAUCAGAUCAAAUUGUCACUUGGAUUCUAGAGCACUCCACCAGGAUUCUGGAACCAUCAAAACCAAGACCGAAACAGAUUCUGUUUACAUUAGCCAAGGAACGACAGAAAUUAAGACUGAGCAUGAUUCUGAAAUCAGAGUGGUUAAGACAGAAAUGAAAGUGUACGCCCCUUCACACAGCUGCCCCCACUGCAGUUGCAUGUUCCACACACCACAGCAGCUACUUGUCCACACCUGCCAGGUCGCGAAUUCUGACAACAUUGUGGAUUUUUUGUUGAAGACCCCAUUUCAUUCUUUGGAGUCCACAGAAAGGGUGCGAAUUAAAACCGAGGGUCGACCUCUGCCUGAAAUCAAGUACAUAAGGAAGGAUGACAAAGUGAGGAGGGCGUUCAAUACCAACUGGUAUAAAAAGUAUCAAUGGCUAACAGGUAGUCUUUCAUCAAGCCGCUUGUAUUGCUGGCCUUGUCUGCUCUUUGGAACGUUUGAGCCUUGGGCUAAAGGGGGGUUCAGUGACCUAAAGAACAUUGACCGUUCAGCUAAACGGCAUGACGAAAGCCGGGAGCAUCUCAACUCCUACGCGAAACUCAAGCUUUUGGGACAGCCGAGCCAUCGUGCCAAUCACUCACUCAAUGAAGGCCUGCGUAUUCAAGCUGCGCAACACAACGAGAAGGUCCGAAGAAACAGGGAUGUUCUCAAACGCCUCAUUGACAGCAUUGCAUACUUAGGCAUGCAAGAGUUGGCUUUUAGGGGACACGAUGAGACGGAAAGUUCCGCUAACAAAGGCAACUACAGGGAAUUGGCAGAGGUAAUCGCGCGGUAUGAUGCUUUACUUGCUCAGCAUAUGGAAUCUUCAACUGUGUUCACUGGAAUGUCAAGAACAAUUCAGAACGACUUGAUAACUGCUAUCGCAUCAUCAAUUAGAAGUGAGAUUAAAAGCGAGGUUGACGCUGCUCCAUUUUUCUCAUGGCAAAUGGAUGAAACUACAGACCAUUCGCAGUUGUCUGUCAUUGUCAGGUAUGUGGAUGAUCGGGGGUGUGUCCAGGAGCGUUUCUUGGGCUACUUUGAUGUGUCAGCUGGGCGAGAUGCACAGUCUGUGUUUGAUCUAGUGAAUUCGGAGAUGUCAGAGUUUAACUUUGUGGAGAAAUUAGUCGCUCAAACAUAUGAUGGCGCUGCUGUAAUGGCUUCUGAUUUAAAUAGUCUGCAAGCAAAAGUAAGAGCUGUAGCGCCGAGCGCCACCUUUGUGCAUUGCUAUGCACAUCCCCUCAACUCCGUAUUAAGCCAGAGCGUGAAGUCCAUCCCCAAGACCAAGGUUUUCUUUGCCACACUGGGUGGCUUCGCAACUUUUUUUUGUAAGUCCACCAAUAGAAUGCUGCUAGAAAAGGCUGCUUGUGCAAGUUUGCCAAAAAACGUACCAACACAUUGGAAUUUCACGUCUAGAGUCGUUAACACAGUGGCAAAAAACUUUGAGCAUCUGUUGGACACAUUCACAAGUAUCACAGAGCAUCCUAAAAUGGAUGAUGACACAAUUUUCGAUGCAAAUGGUUUCAAGACACAGUUGGAAGAUUUUCAUUUUAUUUUUUUACUUCUCACUUUUGAAUAUAUAUUUGCUUGCACAGAUGUGGUUUUUGACAGUGUGCAACAGAAUGCCAUGGAUGUAGAAUUUUGUAAGAGGAGGAUUGAGAAUAUUUUACUCAAGAUAGAGGAGCACAAAUCUGAAGAAGAAUUUAGUGCUAUAUAUCAGAAGGCUUCGAACAUGACAGAUGAUCCAGAGUUGACGCACAGAAGGAAGCAGAGGCAGGGCGCUCAGGAUGUAAUGCAGACGUACAAAUCACUGUACAAUUCAAUCCAUGACAACAUCAAGACACAAAUAGCACAGAGGUUCCAAAGCCUGGACAGCAGGAGAUACAUGGAGUUGUUAGAUGAUGAGAAAUUUGAGUCAUUCCGGAGUGAAUUCCCUACAAAUGCAAUGGAAAGCCUGUCCCAGAGCUAUGGCUGUUUUUUUAACAUGGAAAAACUGAAAAAUGAGCUGCAAGUGUUCUACUGUGGAGAGGAGCUUCAAGGGAGCAGUCGAAAACUGUGUGACAGAAUCUUGCAUUUCAAGGGGUGUGGUUUGAAUGAAGUGAUGCCUGAGGUGUACCGGCUCAUGUGCCUAGUUGCAACUAUAGGGGCAACGUCAGCGGGCGUGGAGAGCAGAUUCUCUCGUCUGAAGAGGCUGAAAAGCUACACAAGGAACACCAUGGGACAAGAGCGACUCAGGAACCUGGCAAUCCUAUCUAUAGAAAGGAGAAUUCUUAAAUCACUACAGAAGAAUCCUCACUGGUAUGAGAGGGUCAUUGACCAGUUUGCCAACCAGACUAUGAGAAGAAUGGACUUUAUAUUCAAGUGAUUGAGACCAGAUGGUGGAAACUCCCUGAACUACUGAGAGGGAGUAAAAGGUCCCAUGAAUGCAGUAAUGUAUUAAAAGCAGCUGUAGCUCCUGUUUGUAAGCAUGUGCACAUGUCCACAACCUCUCAUUCUUCCUCUGGAGAACUCAACCCUUCUCAUGCACUGCAGACAGCGUUCACUAAAGCUAUCAGUGUUAUAGAAAGAUGCCAGUUUGUUUGACCUCUGCUGCUGCUGCUACUAAAGAACAUUAAAACUUAAACUAUUUUGCUGAAUGCCUGUUUUCCUUUUCUAGUUUAUAUGCCUUUUAGACCCUGCACCCAAAGACUUAUUUGAACUCUUGAGUUGAGCAUGCCAAUUCUUGAUUUUGUGUUGUAUUUUAUAGUUAUUAUGGAUCCCCAUUAGCUACUCUUCCUGGAGUCCAGCGAAAUUAAGGCAGUUAUAAAAUGUUUGUAGUUGAUUAACAAGGGAAAAGUGAUGCACAGAUGAUGGUUGUAUAUGCCCGACUUACUGCCUGGGGAUGACAAAAGUGACAAUGAUUGCUGUGAAUAAAGUAUGUGAAAGAG